CGGCCGCGCGCAUGCGCAGAGCGCCGCCGGGCCCGGCCGCUCACCGUGCGCUUUGUGGCGCUGCCGGAAGUGGCGGCGGGUAGCGGCGCUGAGCGGAGCGGCGUCUCCCCUGUGUCGCCUCGGCCGCCGCGGGCACCAUGGAGCUGGUGGCCUGAGGGCGGAGCGGCCGGCCCUGCCCCGACAUGCCUGCCGGGCCCUUCGGCGCAGGUGUUGUUUGGAUUGUAGCAUAGAGGCACUAUGUACUCGGAGUGGAGGUCCUUGCAUCUCGUCAUUCAGAAUGAUCAGGGUAACACCAGUGUGCUUCACAGCUAUCCUGAGAAUGUGGGGAGAGAAGUGGCCAACGCAGUGGUGCGUCCUCUUGGACAAGCUUUAAUUGCAUCAUCCGUUGGAAGUGAGAGUUUAUUGAAAACAGACAAAGAAGUAAAAUGGACUAUGGAGGUGGUUUGCUAUGGACUGACCCUCCCUCUGGAUGGCGAUACUGUGAAAUACUGUGUCGAUGUGUACACAGAUUGGAUUAUGGCUCUUGUGUUACCUAAGGACUCCAUUCCUUUACCAGUGAUUAAGGAACCAAACCUUUACGUUCAAAGCAUUCUCAAACAUCUCCAAAACCUCUUUGUACCAAGGCCAGACCCAGGAUCUAGUCAGAUUAGAUUGUGCUUGCAGGUUUUGAAAGCUGUCCAGAAACUGGCUCGUGAAUCAACGACUAUGGCAAGAGAAACCUGGGAAGUCUUGUUGUUAUUUCUUCUCCAGAUCAAUGACACUCUUCUGGCAGCUCCAACUGUGCAAGGUGGCAUUGCUGAGAAUCUGGCUGAAAAACUAAUUGGCGUGCUGUUUGAGGUGUGGUUACUGGCUUGCACGCGGUGCUUUCCAACACCACCGUACUGGAAAACUGCCAAAGAGAUGGUGGCCAACUGGCGACAUCACCCCGCAGUGGUGGAGCAGUGGAGCAAGGUCAUCUGCGCCCUUACCUCCAGAUUGCUGCGUUUUACAUAUGGACCUUCAUUUCCUCCAUUUAAAAUCCCCGAUGAAGACGCUGGUCUGAUUCCUCCUGAAAUGGAUAAUGAGUGCGUUGCACAAACUUGGUUUCGCUUUUUACAUAUGCUGAGUAAUCCUGUGGAUUUGAGUAACCCAGCCAUUAUUAGCUCUACCCCCAAAUUUCAGGAGCAGUUUCUGAAUGUGAGUGGGAUGACGCAAGAACUGAAUCAGUACCCCUGCCUUAAACAUCUGCCUCAGAUAUUCUUCCGUGCCAUGCGUGGGAUCAGCUGUUUAGUGGAUGCAUUCCUAGGCAUUUCCCGGCCCCGCUCGGACAGCGCGCCGCCCACGCCGGUCAACCGGCUCAGCAUGCCCCAGAACACCGUGAUCAACACCACCCCGCCCCACAACCGGCGGCAUCGGGCAGUGACUGUGAAUAAAGCAACCAUGAAAACCAGCACUGUAACGACCGCACACGCGUCGAAGGUGCAGCACCAGCCCUCCUCCACUUCUCCGCUCUCUAGCCCAAACCAGACAAGUUCCGAGCCACGGCCACUACCAGCCCCUCGCAGGCCAAAGGUUAACAGCAUCUUGAACCUCUUUGGAUCGUGGUUAUUUGAUGCAGCAUUUGUUCACUGUAAACUUCAUAACGGGAUAAACAGAGACAGCAGCAUGACUGCAUCUUUUAUCCAAAUUCUUCUUUCUUAUAAAUCUUCUAUAGCAACUCAAGCCAGUGUGGAGUUCCGCCGGAAGGGAUCGCAAAUGUCCACGGACACCAUGGCUUCCAACCCCACCUUUGAUGCCAGCGAAUUCCCGGACAACUAUGAAGCGGGAAGGGCAGAGGCGUGCGGGACACUGUGUAGGAUAUUUUGUAGCAAGAAGACUGGGGAGGAAAUAUUACCAGCUUACCUAUCCCGAUUUUACAUGCUUUUAAUUCAGGGUUUGCAGAUAGCGGAUUUCGUUUGCCACCCCGUUCUUGCCAGCGUUAUUCUCAACUCCCCCCCGUUGUUCUGCUGUGAUCUGAAAGGGAUUGAUGUCGUCGUUCCUUAUUUCAUUUCGGCUCUUGAAACCAUUUUACCCGACAGAGAACUCUCAAAGUUUAAAAUCUAUGUAAACCCCACAGAGCUAAGAAGAGCUUCGAUUCACAUCUUACUGUCCUUGUUACCUCUCCCUCAUCAUUUUGGAACCAUAAAGUCUGAGGUUGUCCUGGAAGGGAAAUUCAGCAAUGAUGACAGCUCAACGUACGAUAAACCAGUAACCUUCCUCUCCUUGAAGCUGAGGCUUGUGAAUAUACUUAUAGGAGCUCUGCAAACAGAAACAGAUCCCAACAACACUCAAAUGAUACUAGGUGCAAUGUUAAAUAUUGUUCAAGAUUCAGCACUGUUAGAAGCCAUUGGCUGUCAGAUGGAAACGAACGGUGGUGAUAAUAACGUGUUCAAAAGCCACAGCCGCACUAACAGCGGCAUCAGCACUGCGAGCGGAGGCAGCACGGAGCCCACAACACCCGACAGUGAGAGGCCGGCACAAGCGCUUCUGAGGGACUAUGCUCUUCAUACAGAUACAGCUGCCGGGCUGCUGAUCCGCAGCAUUCACCUGGUCACGCAGAGACUCAACUCGCAGUGGAGACAGGACAUGAGCAUCUCUCUGGCCGCGCUGGAGCUUCUGUCCGGACUGGCCAAGGUGAAGGUGGUGGUGGACUCCUCGGAUCGCAAGAGAGCCAUCAGCUCCGUGUGCAGCUACAUUGUGUACCAGUGCAGCCGCCCGGCCCCGCUGCACUCCCGCGACCUGCACUCCAUGAUCGUCGCCGCCUUCCAGUGCCUCUGCGUCUGGCUCACCGAGCACCCCGACAUGCUGGACGAGAAGGAUUGUUUGAAAGAGGUGCUGGAGAUUGUGGAGCUGGGCAUUUCAGGAAGUAAAUCCAAGAACAGCGAACAGGAGGUCAAGUACAAAGGAGAUAAGGAGCCCAACCCCGCAUCCAUGAGAGUGAAGGAUGCUGCUGAAGCUACCCUAACAUGUAUUAUGCAGUUACUUGGAGCAUUUCCCUCUCCCAGUGGCCCCGCGUCUCCUUGCAGCUUGGUGAACGAAACCACGUUAAUUAAAUACUCUCGUCUGCCUACCAUAAACAAGCAUAGCUUCCGUUACUUCGUUUUGGAUAACAGUGUCAUCCUGGCGAUGUUGGAGCAGCCUCUAGGGAAUGAGCAGAAUGACUCUUUCCCCUCGGUCACGGUUUUGAUCCGUGGGACAUCUGGAAGAUUUGCAUGGGCCCAGCAACUCUGUCUUUUACCAAGAGGAGCUAAAGCAAAUCAAAAGACUUUUGUGCCAGAACCUCGGCCAGCCCCUAAAAAUGAUGUUGGACUGAAAUACAGUGUGAAGCAUCGCCCUUUCCCUGAAGAAGUGGACAAGAUCCCCUUUGUGAAAGCUGACUUGAGCAUUCCUGAUUUACAUGAAAUUGUGAAUGAGGAACUCGAAGAGCGACACGAGAAGCUGAGGAAUGGCAUGGCCCAGCAGAUCCUUUUCGAGGCCUCCAUCGAUCAGAAGAGUGAAGAGGAGUGGCGGAAGAAGAGCUUUCCCGAUCCGGUCACGGAGUGUAAGCCCCCGCCGCCGGCACAGGAGUUCCAGACAGCGCGCCUCUUCCUCUCUCACUUCGGGUUUCUCUCGCUAGAGGCAUUGAAGGAACCUGCUAACAGUCGUCUACCUCCUCACCUGAUUGCACUUGACUCUGCUCUUCCUGGGUUUUUUGAUGACCUUGGCUACUUGGAUUUACUACCGUGCCGUCCUUUUGAUACCGUGUUCAUUUUCUACAUGAAGGCGGGCCAGAAAACGAGCCAGGAGAUCCUGAAGAACAUGGAGUCUUCCAGAAUUGUGCAGCCGCACUUCCUGGAGUUCCUGCUGUCCCUGGGCUGGUCGGUUGAUGUGGGGAAGCACCCGGGGUGGACUGGCCACGUCUCGACCAGCUGGUCCAUCAACAGCUGCGGUGACGAAGAGGGACCUGAACAAGAUGAUCUAAUUAUUUCAGAAGAUGUCGGGGCAAGCAUCUUCAACGGGCAGAAGAAGGUGUUGUAUUAUGCGGAUGCCCUGACGGAAAUAGCUUUCGUUGUCCCGUCACCAGUGGAGUCCCUCACUGAUUCACUGGAAAGCAAUGUCUCUGACCAAGAAAGCGACUCCAACAUGGAUCUCCUGCCAGGAAUACUGAAGCAGCAGUCUCUGACGCUCGAGCUCUUCCCCAAUCAUGCAGACAAUCUUAAUCCCUCCCAGCGGCUCAGCCCUACAUCCAGAUCCAAGAGGGUGCCUCAGGGCCGGACCAUUCCACCGAUGGGACCUGAAACCAAAGUGUAUGUGGUCUGGGUGGAACGUUAUGAUGAUAUAGAAAACUUUCCCCUCCCUGACCUGGUGUCUGAGACAAGCACUGGUGUGGAAACCACAGCCAAUAGUAGCGCUUCCCUAAGAUCCACCACUCCUGAGAAGGAAGUUCCUGUGAUCUUCAUCCAUCCUUUAAACACUGGCUUAUUCAGAAUAAAACUACAGGGAGCAACUGGGAAAUUCAACAUGGUCAUCCCGCUGGUGGAUGGGAUGAUAGUCAGUAGGAGAGCUCUUGGUUUUUUAGUGAGGCAGACGGUAAUAAAUAUCUGUCGGAGAAAGAGGCUGGAGAGUGAUUCAUACAACCCCCCACAUGUCCGCCGAAAACAGAAAAUAGCAGACAUUGUCAAUAAAUACCGGAACAGGCAGCUGGAGCCGGAAUUUUAUACCUCGCUUUUCCAGGAGGUUGGGCUCAAGAACUGCAACCCCUAGGUCGUUAUCCUCCCAGGACAAUUAGAUCAGAGCUUGGUGGCUACAGUAAUGAAAACAGUUAAAUAACAACAACAAAUCUCCUCAGCCCUCCGGAAUUCAGGAAAUCACAUUCUAGCACAAGUCAGCAGAUACCGUGUGGGAGGAAUGAGGAACGAAUCCAAAACAUUGCAGCUGGGAUAUUGACUUAAUUCACCUACCCGCACAAGAUGACUUAAUUCCAGGCUUCCUGGAUGCUAGCAGCGUAAUCUCUUCACCCAAUCAUCUAUUCCAGGCUAAUUAGGAACUGUAAGUGUCUCAUUCUGUGAGAGGAAAACAAUCAAAACAAAGCCAUCUCUGCAUAUAAGGACAGAAAACCAAAUACAAACAAACCUGCCUUCAGACAUCGUGCUGUGUGGAAGGAGAAGGGAGCAGGAUCCCCUGUUCCAGAGCACAUCUCCGGGCCCCCUUCAGAGCUCAACAGAAGAUCCUUCACCGCUUGGAACCAAAAACAGGAGGAGGGAAUUUGCUUGGAAAUGUCAGGUCAUGAAAUUCAUAGCCAAGAGGCUGUUUUCCAGCUCCCUGCGUGGCUGGGAGUGAGUGGGUCCAUCUGCGUACGAGAUCAGUCCCGCUGACAGCAAACAACACCUGGAAUUACCCGACUUUCUGACACAAGUUGGUACUAGAUCAGCGCUCUUGGUUAUAUGAAAACAAGGUUAUGAGUUUCAGGUCUGUUGCAAAAUGUCACAUUUAAUUUUAGUAGCUUGAUUAUUUAAAGAAAAACUUAUGUGACAAUUUAUUUUGAAGUGUCUGUAUCGCCUACUCCCUGUUUCCAUCAAAAACAUCAACAUCACUUGCUUUCCUUCCAUUGGAUUGAAAUCUCAGAUUCUGGGGCUGCUUCUUGCCUGGUAUUUAUAGCUUAAGCAGUUUUUGCAGCUUCUACAACACUUUCCAGAAGCUCCCGUUAAACAGAAUAAAACAACUCAAAAAGCAAAGUCGAGGAUUCUUCUUUUUCCCCACUGACUUGCCAUUCCAUUAAAGCCCCUUUGGAGUGCUAAGUUAGAACAGUUGUGAAGCUGCUGUGCAUUCUGACGCUCAGCAGCGGUGGAUCCCGCUCACCCAGCUCAGGAGCCUUUCACAUUCAGAUUGGGGAUCUUGUGUGUUCAGGACGUGAAGGACGUGCAGGGAAAAGACGUUCAGAGCUGCAGGUUCGAUACGGGGAGUGUAAAAGCUGCAGCAGGCGCUGGCGGGUUCCAGGUGCGCUGCAGCCGCGCUCGUGUCACAGUGAUGACCCGUGGGCCGUAACGCCAGCAGGAGCGUCGGCAGGGACUGGGGGGCUCCUCGUGUUAUUCCAGAAGUGGUUCUAUAUGUGUUGUGGUGAUACCUGACAGUCAUUUAAUUCUGGUAGUUCAGAGUUACUUUUUGCAACAGUUCUGACCUGAAACAGCCUUGUUCCAUUACAGCUGACCUGCCGAGGACACCCCUGCUCCUGUCUUGUCGUGUGGUUUUUCACAGAGAGUUAAUGGCAGCACAGGCCCCUAAAAACACACAUGAAAGGACUUUCCGGAUGUCACCCGAAGGGGUUUUAGGUGCCACGUGCUUGUUGCGGGGGACGAGCACACUCGCCUCUGAGCUCGUGAGCUCUGGGUUUCGAUCCAGAUGAAUCACAAGUGGAAAACAAACCCACGUACAGCAGACGGCGGCAGCGUGAGCGUGUUGGGCCGGGCGGCGGGAGCGGCAAAGGGAGCGGGGGACAGCGAAACUCCUCUGCCCAACUCAGCUUAACACAUGAACACUAAAUUUACCCGCAUUUUGUAUGUACCUAUUGGAUCUAAUCAAUGGCCAAACACACUUGAGUCCACUGAUUUAAAAGGCAUGACCGAUGCAUGUGCAACAAAUAAACAUCCUGAGCAACCUAACGUCUGCACAUCUUCAGUAACGUAACGCAACCCACGUACCGUAGCUCAGCCUGUGUUAUCUGCAAAGUCAUUGGUUUGUAUAGCAGCGAGCUGCAGAAGAUGCUUCUCUGGGGCAUUCGGGUGUAGUCAGUGUGUGUUUGGGGAAACCCUGGAUGUUUUCUGCAGAGCCCAAGAUGGCCAAGGGUGGCCUGUGCUGGGCUGAAGAUGAGUCUCGGGUCCACUUCCACGUUCAUCAACAUGGAUGUGCCACCCCCGUGAGCAGUAACAACCUGAGAGCGACGCGGCUUCUCGGGGCUCUGGAAACACGGUGACUUUGGGGCUUGCUGGUGCUGCUGAUCCCGCGGCGGAGGAGCAGGCGGCUGUGACGGGUUGGUUGGGUUUGUAAACCGGCCGGUUAACGUGUUACACGCUCGUGUAUGACCUGGCCAUGAGCGCUGGCGUUUGCUGUCUGGAAAGGUGAACCUGUGAGAGGGUCAUGGUUUAGUAUAGGAGUGUUGUGGUUACAGAAUCGUGCUGCCAUCCCGCUCGGUUCGGAUGCUGUGGCAGCAGCGAGUGUCCCCGCAGCCCCGUGUCCCUCCCCGUGCACCAAGAGGCCGCUAACUCUGUCCUAAAGUGUAAAACACCAGUUUGGGAAUGACAUCCUUGUCCUGUUGAAGCCAGUGGCCAAACUGGUGGCUUCCGCUAGUCCAGGGCACAGCCUUGAGGUUUUUCCCCAAAAGCGUUAGAGUUACUUCAGUUGUGAUGGCAAGAACGCGUUACACUGGAAUCCAGAGUUCUUUCCAUCACAGAACGUUGAGUUUCCAGCUUGGCAGCUGCCGUGGGUUUGCGUUCUGUUCUUCGAGGUGACGAGGAUCGGCCGCUCUGUGUGUUGCGUGGGUCUGGACUCCGCGGGUGACAGCGCCGCUAGUGUCACAUAAUUAGUAAACAGGGACUUUCUUUUCCUAAGGCCUUUCUGUUUGGGUUCUUAGUUGUGCUGUAACAAUGGCAUCCUUUGAACAGUGCAGAAAGAGGGGGGACCAUCGUCACCUUGUUAAACACAGUCUUGAAACAACAGAAACUUAAUAGAAGUACCUUAGUAAAGACUCUCCUUUAAAAAACGCUUUGCUUUAAAAGUACAUUUUGAAAAGGCAUUAGAGCCUUACAGCAAACAGGAGCUGGGAAGGACGGUGCCGGGGGCGCAGGGUGUUUGCGGGUGCGGGAGCCGGGGAAGAGCCGCCCCGGCUGCUUUGCUGCUGCCCCAUGGGCCGGGUCCCUGUGGGUCGGGCUCCCCGUGGCAGGUGCGAUUCCUUCCUGUGAGGUUCUGCAUGCCCAGAAACACCAGAGAACUACAUUUCAAUCCAACAGACAAAUUCGAGGUGAUUUAAUGAUUGCGUAAUUGAGUGAUGUCUUUGAAGGCAAACACAGACCUUUUCCACAUGGGUUUUAGCAGGAGCAACUAGAAGUGAGAAUGCCAGAUAUCACAUGCUUCAAAUCAUACACAAUUUGUAUGCAUUUCUGUAUGUUGCCAAGACAUGGUCUUUUUGUUCUUAUUGUAUUUUUCUGUAAAUAUUCCUGGCGCUAAGUUGUAAAGUAAAGGCAAAAUGUAAAUAUGAAGAUGUGAACUAUGUUCCCUUGUCUCUAGUACUUUAUCUCUUAUUUGUUUAGGGAAGGCACACAAAGGCUUGUUUGUAUUUAUGCCAAUUCUUUGUCCAGGAGAAACACAUCAAAUAUUGAAUGUAACACAGUUAGUCCAAUAAAUUUUAAAGAUUCUUAUCUAGUAA